AUGCUCCAGGCUGCGAAGAACAUCAAUCAGUGUCGUGCUUCGUUCUUGCUGCACAGAGGAGCCAAUUGCAUCUGCCCACCCGUGCCGUGGACGACUUCGGCGUCGGGCGCCAGCUGGACGCCAGCGAGAAAGUUGGGCAGGCCAAGCGCGCGAGUCAUUGGAGGCAAGCCGUGCCACGAGGCGCCACGUCGCACUUUUCGCAACAACAAACCAAUCCUGCGCAGGAGCAGUGUUCAAAUUGACGUCUAUUGUGGUCUUGCAGCGUCACCCCGCUUCUCACCAGCUUCCUCGAGCAAUUUGUUGAAGCCAGCUGUGGUGCGAUGUUUGAACGAGUCGGUUCAAUGCGUGACCGCAGUUAUGUUGUCAUAG